UCGUCUUCCUCUUCGUCUUCCUCUUCGUCUUCCUCUUCGUCUUCCUCUUCGUCUUCUUCUUCGUCUUCUUCUUCGUCUUCUUCUUCGUCUUCUUCUUCGUCUUCUUCUUCGUCGUCGUCGUCGUUGUCGUUUUCUUCGUCGUCGUUUUCUUCGUCGUCGUUUUCUUCGUCGUCGUUUUCUUCGUCGUCGUUUUCUUCGUCGUCGUCGUUUUCUUCGUCGUCGUCGUUUUCUUCGUCGUCGUCGUUUUCUUCGUCGUCGUCGUUUUCUUCGUCGUCGUCGUCGUCUUCUUCGUCGUCGUCGUCGUCUUCUUCGUCUUCUUCGUCUUCUUCGUCUUCUUCGUCUUCUUCGUCUUCUUCGUCUUCUUCGUCUUCUUCGUCUUCUUCUUCUUCUUCUUCUUCUUCUUCUUCUUCUUCUACGUCUUCUUCUUCUUCUUCUUCUUCUUCUUCUUCUUCUUCUUCUUCUUCUACGUCGUCGUCUUCUUCGUCGUCUUCGUCGUCUUCGUCGUCUUCUUCGUCGUCUUCGUCGUCGUCGUCGUCGUCGUCGUCGUCGUCGUCGUCGUCGUCGUCGUCGUCUUCUUGA